UUUAACGUAAUACAAAUAUAGUGUACAUGUAGUUAAAAACAUAAGCUGCAAAAGCAUGGCCGUCAGAGGACUUUUUAGAAGUUCACUGCAAAUAUUGACGCAACGAUCUCUGCCUUUUAAUGAUCUGCACAUAAAACUUGCAGAGCAAGUUUCCUAUACACAAGUCAGAGGUACUAGAAGCUAUAAACGUCCCUUGAGGCAUCAACCUCGCCCAUGGCAUAUCAAGAAAAAGGCAAGUUCCAUGGAACUUUACGUCACACCGGAGAACAAAGCAUUUCUCAGGGAAGCAGCAGUUGCACAUUACAACAACACACCGAGUCCCCUGCGAAACGAGCCAUGGCCAAGAAAUGAGUAUACAUCAGAAACAAUCAGAACAGGUGUAAUUGGGGUCAAAAUUGGAGUUAUUCCACAAUGGAAGAAGGACGGGACAAAGAUAUUGUGUCAACUUAUUCAGGUGGUAGAUAAUCAUGUGAUACGUUACAAUCCUCCAGAGAAGUUUGAGACGGCCCUGGGGUUCAAUCCUCACUGGAAGCACAAGGGCAUUGGUUCCGUGGUUGUUGGGGCUCUGAGCUGCACUCCAUUCAAUUACACACGCAAGUACACGGGUCUGUUCAGUGAGGCAGGUGUCCCACCCAAGAGGAUCCUCACCAAGUUUUGGAUCACGCCAGAUGCAGCAGUUCAGCCUGGAACGCCAUUGUCUGUGAUGCAUUUUAGAGCUGGGGAUUAUGUGGAUGUCUCAGCCAAAACGGUUGCUCGUGGUUUCCAGGGAGUCAUGAAGAAAUGGGGAUAUAAAGGAGGACCCGCCUCCCAUGGGUCUACGAAGUUCCAUCGAAAAGCAGGGUCGGUGCAAGUCGGGAAAAAAGAGGGCUUUUGGAAGGGAAAGAAAAUGCCUGGAAUGAUGGGCGAGAAUUGGCGCAAAACAAAAGCGAUCAAGAUCUGGCGGGUGAACACGAAGCUCAACCUGCUGUACCUGGGCACGGGGGUCCCGGGUCCACACCAUGGUUAUGUGCGUAUCUACGACUCGAGGUGCCACAAGCACCGCGUCGGAAAGCUGGAGAGAGGCGGCAAUGUCCCCAUGCCAACGUUCUACGCUGACGACAUUGUGGGCGAAAUUCCUGAAGAAAUCUAUGAUGAUCAGCUAUAUAACUUUGCUGAUCCCUCCGUCGAGUUUUCUGCUGAGCAGUCCAAAUGAGGAUUGGAUGUACAUGUUUGAGUUGAUUGAUGGUGAAAAAUAUGAUUGCACAGAAGUUCAGAAUGUUCAUGUCAGUCAUUUCAAUAAAGGCAGAUUGGAUUUA